UCUGAGUUAGGAUGACAAAGUUUUGCACGUCACAGGAAGCUGCUGCAGCGUGAUACAUAGAGGUGAAGCGGGAGCUCCUCUCUUCAGUCAGCCCACGUUACAAACAGCUGCAGAAAAAACACAGGACUCUUCAUGGAAACCAAGCUCAGUCAGUCUGAAAAGAAGGCCUGAGCUCAGGUUUCAGAGGCCAAGCAUGCACGUCUACUAAAGACAGACAAGUUUUCAACAAGGAGACCUGGAAUUUACUUGUUGCUCUAAGAAGAGUCUGUAAAACUAUUUUGUAGGAAUUUGUGUUGCUUUUAAAACAACAAAAAAGGGAUUGAAAGAGUUAAAAUACACAGAUUAGCAAGGAUAUGGGAACCUGCUUCAGCAGGUGUAAUUCCAACAUGGCAGUCCUUGAAAACCCACCUGAGUUACCAGCCCACCAGGAAAUUGUGUUUGUAUCGCUUCACAACUACCCAUCGUUUGAACGUACUGAACUGACCAUGUACGUUGGGGAAAGACUGACCAUCCUGUCAGACGAUGGGGAUUUCAUGAUGGUGAGAUCCUCAACUACUGGCCGUGACAGCUACAUUCCCACAAACUAUACAGCCAAGGUGACGCACAGGUGGCUGUUUACAGGAAUCAACCGGUACAAAGCAGAGGAGCUGCUCAUGCAUCCUAACAACCAGAGUGGAGCCUUUCUGAUCCGAAAGUCUGAGACGAACAGAGAUUGCCACUCAUUGACUGUACUGAGGAGAACCAACUCCUUGGACCUGAACCCUGUGAAGCACUACCGCAUCUCUCACCUCCAGAAUGGAUGGGUCUACAUAUCUCCAGGACUCACAUUUCCGUCUCUUCAUCACCUCGUGGAUCACUAUUCAGAGUCUGCAGACGGGCUUUGCUGUCAGCUGACAGAGCCCUGCUUCAUCCAGGGUUUAGACAAUGCCAGAGAGGCUAGAUCUGUUCCCAUCACCGUCAGGAGACCUACUGUCAACUGGAAGGAUGUUAGUAGGUCAGUGAUCUUAAGGAGGAAAAGAACUGAGUCUGGCAACUCUCUGGUGAGUGAGGGGCUGAGGGAGGCCAUCAGCUCCUACCUCCAAAUGACGGAGGGCAGUGAACACAGCUGGGAGACCUGAGGAAAGAAAAUGGGCCAGCCAGAAAGAGUUUAGUCAAAGAGACAGAGAGGAGUGAAAUACUGCCCUGUGUCAGCUGCAGCUUGAGCAAGCCACUGGAGGAUGCCCUCCACACACCCAGAUGUAGACUUUGUGGACUUUCCUGGACCAGCAGAGAGACUGAAACACUACACUGCUUGCAAACAUGUAGAUUGUUGACUGUUUUUAUGGAUUUGCCCUAUAGGGGCAGACAGGGGAGGCAUGAUCUGAAAAAAGAAAUUCAAAGAAACAUUUGUGUGCCUUGGAUUUCAAACAUUUAAUGAUGCCCUUAACCCUUUAAAGCCCAACCCAACAAAUAAUGGGAAGAAAAUUCUCAUUGUUGAACUCCGAAGUCUUUAUUUUGGUCCUUUAACAAAACGUUUAAAAUAAACAAAUUUUAUAUAUAUAUAUAUAUAUAUAUAUAUAUAUAUAUAUAUAAACACAAAAAUCAAAUAAAUAAAUUUUUACAUAAUUAACGUUUAUCACAUUUGAUGUCAAAUUAUUGUUGUGCAACAGGUAUGGACCAGGGAACAAAAGACAAGUAUCAGGUUGUUUUCAACAGGGUUUUGAGCAAAGUUUUUUACCAUAACGUGAUGUAAAAGGUCUCAGAAACUGUAUGUGUGCAAUGUGAUACAUACGGCAUUAAAGGCUUAAUUAACUGCCAAAUAUAAAAACUGAUUUAAUUUAAUAUUGUUUAUCAAUAUUACUGUAAAAUGAUUGUAAUCAUGGUUUUGUUAUUGGAAUCCAAUAUGUUCUGCUAGCUAUAAUAAAUUAUAUUAUAAUAAUU